UGAUGAGCACUGAAAUACAGAGGCACCAAAAACCUGGUGGAACCCCAGAACCCAGAUAAGAGAGAGAGAGAGAGAGAGUUUAUACUGAAGCAAGAAGCCGAUGCUCGAUUGAUGGGUUAUUCGUGUUGGUAGCGUUCUGCAUGGAUAGAACCAGAGAAGCUCGAAGAUCCGCCAUGGCGGCCUCAAAUGGUUUAUCCAGGCGGAGACAGAGAAGCUCAGAUGAUAGUCAUGCGGAGAUUAUGCAGGAAGGGGUGACGCUGAGAGAUCGACCGGAGAAGAAAGAACGAGAUCGUGAAUCGUUGAAUCGUAGCAAGAGGAGGCGAAGCGACAGGUUCGUGGUGAAGAACGAGAUAGAUGCAGAAGAAGACAGCUCUGAUGAAAGUCUGGAUGACGAAGAUAUUCCGAUAUCUCAUAACUCCGCUUCGUCCCAGCCGAAUCAUCUCAGGAAGAGCUUCCCACCGGCUCGUGUUCCCAGGCAUGCGAUGGCGAAGACGGGAAUGGAUCCAUCUUUGCAGGCCGCCGAUGACAUGAUCGGUGUUCCUGUUCCCAGGAAGGCUCGGUCAGCUUGCAUAAAGAGGGCGCAUGACUGCCGGACUUCUUCGGGAAGCGGUGGAGGAGGGUAUGGAGAUGACCACCGGAGACCUCCAGCCUCGCCGGCGAGUUACAGCUUCGAAGCUGCAUCUCCGUCUUCCUCCAUUGUUUCGGCCAAGCAGAAGAUGAACGUAAACAGAUCCAAAUUCCGUGUCCUGAAGCCACUGAAAUCCCCCGGCACGAUGGAGGACGACCUGGAGUUUGAGAUAGCGGAGGUUCUAUCUGGGCUGAAGAAGCAACCACGCAAAUCCAAGAAGGAAGAGGAUUCGGAUAACCCUCUAAAAUCGUCUGAAUUGAAAGAUUCGAAAAAGAUGGAAACAAAAGCUGAUGAUUCUUCCGCGCAUGUAGACAACGAUUCCAUCACAUAUACAGCGAGAACCGAAGCCGGAAACUCUGGGAACAUCGAGAUAUCCAUGGCUAAACCAGAGAAACCAGCGGGGUUUUAUUCCAUAUCUCACCGGACUGCCGGAACUGAAGGGGUGGAGGCAUCGUGCGCAGCCAUGGAUACGGAAAUCGGAGCUCAGAAACAAGAGCAAUUGGAUAGCCCCGAUGGUGUUUUGGAGAGAAAGAGACAGGAUUCUACAGCGAUGAAAGGCGGGAGGGAGGAAAGUUACGCUAAUAACAAGCUCGAGCUCUGCCUUGUGGUUCCUCCUCCAAUGGCCUCCUCGCCGGAGAGAGAUUCUCUUCCAUCGGCUUCUGGUUCCAACCCAAUUGCUCAAGAUUACAACAAGCUGGAGAGUUCUGAAAAGAGCAAUGAGAAAGCUAUUACAAAAAAGGACACAAGCCUGGAUGAAAUCGAAGAGAAGGGGGUCCAAAAUCGUGAUUGGUUGACGCUUGAUCUUCAGAAACAGAGUCACGACACCGUCAGAGAUUCUAGCCUUGGAUUACGAAAUCAAGGUCAGAACCAGCAGUUGCAGGCUAAAUCUGCUCAGCCGAGUUCAGAUCCGCCUUUGCCGAUAGCUGCAGGUGGCUGGCCUAAUGGGCUUCCUCCUCCUACGAGAUAUGUGUCCCAACUCCACGCUGUUAAACCUGUUGAUGGGAUCACUGGAUCUCCAAAACUGCAGACUGCCUCUCAGCCUAGGCCUAAAAGGUGUGCCACACAUUUUUUCAUUGCUCGGAACAUCCAGUUGCAUCAGCAGUUUGUCAAAACAAACCAUGUCUGGGUGCCAAAUCAAGCCUCUGUUUCUUCAAAUGGUGGCGGUUCCACGCCUAGCAAUCUCUGUGUCGUACCACCGACUGCUGCAGAAGGCUUAAUCCAUGGAAAUCCAUCCAUGCAUGGGAGUUUUCCCAUUCUUAAUUUGAACUCUCUGGCACAAGACAAAGGGAAAAUCGUGGCUAAUGUUCCUUCCCAGAAAGAUAAGGCCUAUGGGAGUGGCAAUUCUGCUGAAGCUACACAAAAGAAGCCACAGCUUCCUUCUGCACCUAGUAAUUUGGCGCCUGCUCCAGCUUUCAUCUUCCCCAUGAACAACCACCAGCAUCUGGUCAUGGGUGCUGCCAAUCAGUCUGUGCCUUGUAAAUCCUCUGGCCCAACAAAGAAUCCAUCUUUGGCCAGUGGUUCAACAUCCGUCAGCUUUAGCUAUCCAAGUUCAUCGACCAGUGGAGCCUCUCAGUACUUGACAAUUUUACCAAACAAUGGGUAUUCGUUUCAAGUGUCAACCGGGCCUGCUUCUACAGGUGGAGCCACCGGUCCGGUGUUGCCUUUCUUCAAUGGAUCCUUGUAUCCACCGCAGAUGCUCCAACCUCCUCAGCUUCUGCAGAAACAGGGUCAAACCCACAAAGAGACAAGCACAUCGAGUGGCUCAUCGUCAUCCCACAGGCAACCGCACUCCCAAAUUGUUGGGAGUAGUAAUUUGAGUCUGGCCAAUGUGCAGAAACAGCGUCUGCAGUCAACUGCUCAUCAGUCUCAAAAACCUGAGAUGAAAACAAGGGAAGAUAAUUCUUCCUUGGUCUCUGAUUUUAGGGGUUCUCGCACUCUGACAGUUCCUGUCCAGCCACUCAACUCUCCCAUGCCAUUUGCCUCAUACAGUGGCAGUGGUGCGCCUGCAAGUCUGAAUUUUACAUCCAACGGAUACCGAAUUGUACAUUCCCCUCAGGCUGGUCAACAGAAAAACCAGCAACAACAAAGUGAUGGGAAGACCGGAGGCUGUUCAACAGUUUCUGGGAAGGCCACUCCCACUCCCAGAAAGAAUGGGCAGACACUGGCUUUUGACAAUUCAGCGAGAACGUUGAACUUCAUGUCUGGGACUUGGUCAUCUUCUGCAGUUACCGUGGCAGCGUCUACUCAGAAACAUCGGCAGGCAUCUGGUCGAAGUAAAUUGAUGGAUGAACACAGCUUGCCAGCAACAUCGCUGGCAGCCAAGUUCCCCAACAGUAUAUGCGUUGAGACAGCGAAGUCAGACCCAGCAGCGUCCCCACUGGCAUCUUGUUCUUCUAUGAGCAUCCGGCAGUACCAGUCUCAGCAGCCAAAAGGAGAGACACAGAUCUCGUUCGCGGUGGCAUCUCCUAAUAACAAAACAAGUUGUACGGUCGUCAGUCCGCCAUCGAGCCAACAGCAAGUGGAGAAAGCAGCAUCCCCAGUGUGCGGAAGGAAUAUGAUGAAGUCCAUCAUAAGCUCAUGCCCGUCUCAUCUCUCCGAGCUCAAGUACUAGUCGUUUUACCAAAUGGUACGUAACGUAUCCAUGCUUAACCAUUUUUGAAGUGUGUGCAUAGCGGGGCUGGGCUUCGUUCGAUGGUGGGAGGGGAGGCUGUGGUUGACAAUGACAGCAAUCGUCUUUUGCUUUUCAAUCGUAUGUCUUUUGUUGCCGAUUCUUUUCUUUAAUUGUAGUUGGGCCUGAUGUACAUGCAUAGACUCGCUCGUCCUUAUCCACACCCACAUUAGUUAUAACCUCUGCUCCCGACAGAUUCCUCGCUCUCAAUUCUGUAAUUAACAUGUUUUUUCAGUCAGAUGCGAGAGAAUUUGGUUGUCGUGGAAAAGAAUUCGUGUUCUUUCUUAAGCGAUUAAAUUUCCAUACGCAAUUAACUGUGUA